UCAACGUUCUAAGAUGCGUCUAGCAAUUGGAAUAUUCUUGGGCUUUGCGGUAUUUCUUUUGGCUGGCAGUGAUGCAGCCGUAUAUCGUGGGAUCUACAAGGAUCCAGCUCACCCUGGAAAGUGUGUCGUGCAAGGACUCGUGCUUAGCUCUGGUCAGACUGCUCGCCACCCCACAAAAUGUGAGCGAAUCAUUUGCGGCAACGACGGCAAUGUGCAAUUCCAUUCAUGCGGUGCCUAUGGACUUCCCCCUGGAAAAAAGUUCGGGAAAUACACUUCCCCUAAAUCUGAUUAUCCCGCAUGUUGUGAUCGAGAAAUUAUAGAUGCCUAGAUAAAAAACAUUAAUUUUUUAUCAGAAAAAAAUGUUCUUUGAAGAAACCCAACAAAAAUUAAUUUUUUAUAAUUUUAGAAUUCCAAUUUUUAAACAGCUUGUUUAUAUUCUUCUAAGUAUUUUUACUAAGCUGCUGAUAAUUUUAAUCUAAGAACCCUAUUGACUUUUCGUAUGUACAUACAUAUGUACUGCAUUAAUGAUUAAAUAAUUUGAAUUUAAAAUGCACUGGACAAAUCUGAGCAUAUUCGUUUAUUUAUUCGCUGCCCGCAAUUUUAUAAAAUUAUAGUCAAGAAGUCAAUUUUGUCAUUUCAUAUUUAAGUUUUGUUCUUUCAAUUUUUUGUUUUAAGUUGAAAUUGAAAUAAUGAGGGACACGAAUUUUUGUGUAGUGUAUAGAUUGUUAUCUUUGUUGCUUUUGGCUUGUCGUUCGACCUGUUUUUAGACAAUCGCAAUGAAUUAGAAAUAUAUUCAAUUGAUUCAGUAGUCGAAUAGAUUUCAACGCCCUAAGAUGCGUCUAGCUGUCGGAAUAUUUUUGGCCUUUGCCGUGUUUCUCUUGUCUGGCAGUGAUGCAGCCGUUUAUCGUGGGAUCUUCAAGGAUCCUGCUCACCCUGGAAAGUGUGUCGUGGAAGGACUCGUGCUUAGCUCUGGCCAGACUGCUCGCCAUCCGACAAAAUGUGAGCGAAUCAAUUGCGGCAGCGACGGCAAUGUAGAAUUCCACUCAUGCGGUGCUUAUGGACUUCCCCCAGGCAAAAAGUUCGGCAAAUACACUUCCCCUAAAUCCGAUUAUCCUGCUUGUUGUGAUCGAGAAAUUAUAGAUGCCUAGAUUUUAUUUAUUUCAAAAAUUAAAUGAAUUAUUUUUAAUUGGGAUUGUUGAUUAAGAAUGUCUGCGAUACCUUCCAAAAAAGUUUUCCUUUGAAAAGAUUGAAAUAAAACAUUUUCAAGUAAAAAA